AUGUUCAUCAGCUAGUGCUAAGUUAACAUCUUGUAGAAAAACCUACAUAAUGUCACAAAAAACCAAUAUAAUGUCAAAAAAAUCGACAUAAUGUUACUUUUCAAGAUACGUACCUAAUACCUGUGCCGGUCUUAUAGCAAAUUGAGCAGCUGGCUUGAAGUGACGCACAAAAUUUGAGUUUUUGACAAGUCAAUGAAAAUACCUAGAAAACACCAUAUGAAUCUGGAAUCAGAAAAAAGCUGCUAUUACCUUCACUAAAAAUAUACAGGAUGUUUCAUUUAAAAAACUAAAAGAUUGCGAGUAUUAUAAUACACGUACCCAUGGGAGCCUAUAGGAUUUUUUCUCAGGGAAUUGGCAAGUGUACUUGCUCCCGAAACUUUCUGUAAGGACAAACCGGCUACUCAGGAGAAGGAUACGCCCACCUACCCAUGCGGGUGCCUAUGCACGUACCUCUCAAAACAUUGAACGUGUGAGUGAAAUCCUUCAAUCUCGCUUUAAGAGAAACACAAGUCUUUCUUGAGGAAGGGAUAUAAGCCGGGGCCGUAACGGGACACAGGUGCAGUAAGCAGCUUUGUUAUUCAGCCAAGUAAGAAUUAUUUUUACGAAAUGAACCCGAACCGGGACUGGAUAAAUCCGCUGGAUAUUUUCCAAGGCGGCUGCUUUGUUUCUCUCUCACUCUUUCCCGUAGUCGAAAGUUUCAAGAGAUUAUUAGUUUAUUCCUGUUACUUUCGUUCGUAUAGUCGCACAAACUACUGUCAAAAUAUAUUAGCCAAUUUGUAUGAUGGAAACAUUUCUUAA